UGACGCUGUCACGUGUGCCGGCAAUUAACCUGAAAUUUUUAAACUCAACAAUUGAAUAGUUUGAAGGAUGAAAGACAACAUAACCCUCAACCUCACAGUAAAUUUUAUAAAAGUUGAAUUUUGUACCGCUGUUUUAUUUAUUGAAUAUAAAAAAAAUUGAAUCUUAAAAGAGUGAACGCAGCUAUAUAGUUUUACGGACAUAGGAAACUCGAUAUUUGACUAUGUUUUAUCGAAUGAAAGCAUUAAAUUAUCGUAAUUUUUCGUUAUUGUCUAGAGUUUGGAAUGGACCACAGAAUGUUUUAACAGGCAAACAAGCAGAGGAAAAAAUGAUAAAUAUUUUAAAGGAUAAAUUUCCAAAAGCUGAAACCAUUGAAGUUUCGGAUGUAUCAGGUGGCUGUGGUGCAAUGUUCGAAGUGAACGUUAUUGCCCCCGAAUUCAGAGGAUUAAAUACCGUAAAACAACAUCGAAUUAUUAACGAAGCACUUAAGGAAGAAAUUAAAGAUAUGCAUGGUAUUCGGAUACAUACAGGAAUACCGGACUCCUAGGUAGUGAUAAAAUUAAAAGAUUUUUUUAACUAGAAUAUUUUCUAUUGUAUAUAUAUAU